CAUGUGGUCUUCAAACACUGCCGAAGACUUGAGAUUUCAGCAGGCGUUGCUAACGUCACUCCGGACGGGCGAAAUAAUGCCGUUACUAAAGGAAGAACUAAAAUAUUGUAUCCAGAGUAGACGUUUAUCUGAAGGCAAGACCGAACUUGUUUUAGAGACUGAAGAAAACCACAACACUCAGGAACUAAGAACAGAAGAGCUUGAGAAAAUUGACAGACGCAAAGAGCAGAAUAGAAGGGCAUCUGCAAAGUUUAGGAACAGGAAGAAAUCUGAACUGGAUGAUUUGACGAAGACAUGUGAAGUAUUGCAACGAAAGAAUGCCGAGCUGCAGGAUAUAGUGGCCAAGUUGGAAGCUGAACGCGACACCCUCUAUGCUGAAGUAGUGAGGAUCUUAAUGGGUCCAGCAUGUGUGUUGGUACAGUAAGCAGAUGAGGGUUUGCUGUGUAAUGGUUGUGGAUUCAUUCAAUAGAGAUAAGUUCGGGGUUAAUUGGGUUUAAUGCAUGUGCGUAAAGUGUCCUCCAAAAUUAGCCUGUGCAAUCCGCUUGCAUUAUUUUUUCGUUACAAGGGUGUAUCUUCUAAACAAUUAUCGAUGGCAGGAAGAAACUGUAAACCCUGAUAAGCCCAUGUCGACUGCACAGGCUUAUCUAAGAUGACACUUCAUGUGCAUGCAUUAAGCCCAGUUUUCCCAGAAUGCGGCUCCAAGUGUGAGUGUUUGACAAAACUUAGCUCAGUAUGAUCAUAAAAUGACAUUUAUUUGUUUCAUUGUCAUUAUCCUGGGUAUACAACGAACACUUAGUUUGUUAAAAGCGAAAGCUUAUACUUCAUUCACUAUAAACUGAAGGAUGAACUCAGUGAAACUGCUACUAAAUCUGUGUUCAAUAGAUGCGGAAUAAUGUUUGAUUGUGCUUUUGAAAGUAAUGGA